AUGAAGACAAUGUCCGAUAUUCCAGGGGAUGUAGUAGAAGAGAUACUCUCUAGACUUCCAUUGAUAUCUCUGAGGGCAGUGCGAUCUACUUGCAAAAUGUGGAAUGCUUUAUCUAAAAAACGUAUCCUUGGUGGUGAAUCAGCAAAGAAGCAGUUUCUGGGGUUCAUGAUGAUGGAUUAUAAGGUUUGCUCGAUGAAAUUCGAUCUGCAAGGAAUAAGAAACGAUGACGAAGAAGUGUUCGUUGAUCCAUGUAUAAAGCAAGUUAGUCUACUUGAGAAAGUCGAGAUAUCGAAAGCCUUUCACUGCGAUGGCUUACUGCUAUGCGUCAUUAAGGACAGCUUGAGCCUCGUUCUAUGGAAUCCAUAUUUGGGGCAAAUCAGAUGGAUCCAACCGAGAAACAGUUUCCACAGGUUAGACAGGUAUGCUCUUGGGUACGACGAGAACCGUAACCACAAGAUCUUGAGGGUUUUCGGUGACUAUGAAAGCAGCAGAAGCCAAGUUUCUGGGUACGAAGUCUACGAUCUGAGCUCUGACUCAUGGAAGACCUUUGAUUUUGAUGUCAGUCCCGACUGGGAUAUUCAGUCUCAUCAACGAGGCGUGUCGUUGAAGGGAAAUGUUUAUUUCUUGGCACUAGAGAAAACAAGAAGUGGUAGAGAGUUUGAAGCUUUUUUACUCUGUUUUGACUUCACGGCAGAGAGAUUCGGACCGCGUCUGCCUAUGCCUUUUCAAUUCUUUAGUGCAGAAAACUUCGUGUCUCUGUCUUGUGUGAGAGAAGAGCAGGUGGCUGUGUUAUAUCAAAACUGGGAGGACUUGGAGAUUCAAGUUAAUAAUCUAGCCGGGAGCUUCUUCAUUGAUGAGGAGGAGAAUGUCGCAGUGGUUUUCGAUCUAGACAGACAUAAACACAACGAGGAGGCAUGUCGCUACCAAACAGCGUACAUUCUUGGACAAGAUGGCUACUUCAAAUCUGUGAAUAUCGCAGUUGCUCCGAAUCUCAGAACAAGUGACAAAUUUGGAUGUCGUUCGGCCGUAUAUUGUCGCCCACUUGUGUGCUCCUCUUCUUAUGUUCCAAACUUAGUGCAACUCCAUAUCGACAACAAACUGGGCAAAAGGAAAGAAGAAGGCCAUGAUUAA